AAAGUUUAUAAAAGUUAUUAAAAGUUUAUAAAAGUAUAAAGAAAAGUGAAAAAAGGAAAAAAGAGAAAAAAAAAGUAGUUUAUUUUAAGUCAAAGCAUUUCUGCUUCGCUAGGUGUAAGCACGGUGAUCUGAUUCCUGUUUUUACCCACAGGGGUUCAUUUUUAAAAAAGUUUUUAGAAGUUUUAGAAAGUUUUUAAGAGUUUUAAAAAAAUUUAAAAAAAGUAUUUAAAAAAUUCAGAAAACAAAAAAAGUAUAAAAAAGUUAAAAAAACAAAACAAAAAAAUACGUUAUUUAGUUAAAGUUAAUUUUAAGCUUUCACCAUGCUUAGAAAGUUUAGUGCCGAGGAGGCAUAUAAUAUAUUAGCAGCCGACUCAGAGGCAACCGACACUGCCUCAGAGAGUGCAGAGGGUGACUGUGCCAGACACAGAUGAAGAAAGUGACGAUACUCCUGGCGCUGAUAUCUGGGUGCCCCCUAACAAUUUUGUCCCCGACAUCCCUCUGUUCACUGCGACUCCUGGUAUUCAGGGAGACGUGACCAGCUAUAACUCCCAGGAUUUUAUGGAGCUGUUCCUUGGGGAUGAUUUUUUAGGGCAGAUAGCUACACAAACAAAUAUUUAUGCAGCGCAGUAUCUGGCACAAAAUGCAACAAGUCACCUUGCCACAAAAGGGAGCUGGUACCCCACCAGUGUGCCAGAGUUAAAACAGUUCUGGGCACUAACCAUGCUAAUGGGAAUUAUAAAAAAGCCCAGCAUCCGAAUGUACUGGUCCAAAAACCCAGUAUGCAAUACUCCCAUUUUCUCUCAGACCAUGAGUAGGCCCAGAUACGAAACAGUACUGCAUUUUCUGCACUUCAAUGAUAAUUCGAAGUGCCACCCCAAAGAUCAUCCGCAGUAUGACAAACUCUAUAAAAUCCGCCCCCUAAUUAACCAUUUUAAUAAAGAAUUUGGAAUAAUUUAUACUCCCCAAAAGAAUAUAUGUAUUGACGAGUCCCUAAUGAAAUACAAGGGUAGACUGGGGUUUAAGCAAUACAUCCCAGCCAAAAGAUUCCGGUAUGGCAUCGAGCUAUACAAGUUAUGUGAAAGUAGCAGUGGGUAUGUUUAUACCUUCGGAAUAUAUGAAGGUAAAGAUAGCCACCGGGAUCCCCCAGGUUGCCCUGAUGUAGUUGGGACUAGCGGAAAAAUAGUUUGGGAUCUAAUGAACCCGCUACUGAACAAGGGGUACCACCUCUACCUUGAUAAUUACUACAAUAGCAUACCCCUCCAAAAAAUGCUAUAUUGUUUUGAGACUGUGGUCUGCGGCACUAUCCGCAAGACACGCACUGGCUUCCCCAAGGCUCUGGCAGAGAAAAAAAUUAAAAAGGGGGAAACGGCUGCUCUAUGCCAGGACGAACUGCUGGCUCUGAAAUACAGAGACAAAAAGGAGGUGUUCAUACUGACUACCAUGCACAGUGAACACACACGCAGGGUCGCAGUUCGUGGCAGACAGGAAACAAGAUGGCUGCCUGUCUGCAUUAAGCAAUACAAUAAACACAUGGGAGGAGUUGACCUGUCUGAUCAACUGCUGCAGCCAUAUCUGAUAAUGAGAAAGACCAGGGCCUGGUAUAAAAAAGUGGGCAUUUAUUUAAUGCAAAUGGCUACUCACAAUGCAUUCAUCCUUUUCAAAAAGGCAAAUCCUCAGCUGAAAUGUACUUUUCUUACAUUUCAGUUUCAGCUCAUUUCUGUGCUGCUCACUGAGUGCCACAGUGGGGAGCCAUCAGCAGGGCCUAGCAGCAGAGAUAUUCAGACAGGUCACUUCUGCUUUCGGAUACCACCAACCCCCAAAAAAAAGACCCCCCAGAAAAGGUGCAGGCUGUGUUACCAGAGAGGCAUUCGAACGGAGACCAGUUUCUACUGCCCUGAUUGUCCCUCUCAGCCUGGCCUUUGUAUUGGGAACUGUUUUAAAUUAUUUCAUACUCAGAGCCAAUAAAUUCUCAAUACAAUUUUUUUUUUACCUUUUAUUUAGUUAAUUGGUGUGGAUGAUAGUUCCUGGGAAAUUGGGGAGUUUAGUGCGUAUGCUAGGGGUAGAAAUACAAAUUAAAAAAAACAACAAAAAAAUAAAAUAACAUUGUUUUGUUAAAGUUCUUGUGUAAAAAGUUUAAAAUGCUUUGGAAGUACAGUUAGAGAAUUCUGACAGCGGAUUCAGAGGUGACAGACAGUGCCUCAGAGUUUGACCCAAAAUGGGACAUGGACCCAGCAUGCAAAUUCAAAGUUUGAAACAAACCUGAAAUGGCAGAGUCUCAAAUUUGCCCCUUCAACAUCCACAUAUACCUGAGAAAGGUACACACAGGGGUAUUGCUGUACUCAGACGACAUAGCUGAGUGACAUAUGAAGCGUUAUACUGCCGUAGCACACCUAAGGAUUGUAAACUAUGCAGUAAAAUCUCAAAGUAUGUGUCAAAAAGGCAGAGAAAAUGCUUACUACUACUAGACUUGGUACUCACUAGCGAAAAAAUGAUCCCACCCUAAGGUUCAAAAUGGGCCUUUUGAAAUACCCUGGGGUGUCUUCUUUAAAAAAUGGUAGGCCUUUGUGGGGGAAGUUUGAAUUCUCAACCUGUCAAAUGCCCCAAAAUGGGACAUGGACCCAGCGUAAAAAUUCAAAGUUUGAAACAGACCUGAAAUUGCCGAGUCUCAAAUUUGCCCCUCCAACAUCCACAUAUACCUGGGAAAGGUACACACAGGGGUAUUGCUGUACUCAGACGACAUAGCUGAGUGACAUAUGAAGUGUUAUAUUGCCGUAGCACACCUAAGGAUUGUAAACUAUGCAGUAAAAUCUCAAAGUAUGUGUCAAAAAGGCAGAGAAAAUGCUUACUACUACUAGACUUGGUACUCACUAGUGAAAAAAUGAUCCCACCCUAAGGUUCAAAAUGGGCCUUUUGAAAUACCCUGGGGUGUCUUCUUUAAAAAAUGGUAGGCCUUUGUGGGGGAAGUUUGAAUUCUCAACCUGUCAAAUGCCCCAAAAUGGGACAUGGACCCAGCGUAAAAAUUCAAAGUUUGAAACAGACCUGAAAUUGCUGAGUCUCAAAUUUGCCCCUCCAACAUCCACAUAUACCUGGGAAAGGUACACACAGGGGUAUUGCUGUACUCAGACGACAUAGCUGAGUGACAUAUGAAGCGUUAUACUGCCGUAGCACACCUAAGGAUUGUAAACUAUGCAGUAAAAUCUCAGUGUGUGUGUCAAAAAGGCAGAGAAAAUGCUUACUACUACUAGACUUGGUACUCACUAGCGAAAAAAUGAUUCCACCCUAAGGUUCAAAAUGGGCCUUUUGAAAUACCCUGGGGUGUCUACUUUAAAAAAUGGUAGGCCUUUGUGGGGAAAGUUUGAAUAAGCAACCUGCUAUUAGAACCCAAAAUGAGUCAUAAACCUAUAAAAUUCUGUAAAAACUGAAAUGGUCAGGUCUCCUAUAUGGAAGUGUAGCAUCAGGAAAUACGACUAAAGGCAUACAUUGGGGGUAUCGUUUUUCUCACAGGAGAUAGCUCAGCAUAAUUAGGGGUGUUUGAUCAUAUUGGAACAUAUCAAAUAUACAAAAUGCCCAGCACAAAUGUAACGCAUAAGUUAAAAAUGCAAAAAAUAUUUUUUUACCACAACCUUUGACAUAUCAUGGUGAAAAAAUGGCGACAUGUUAAGGCACAAUAUAUGCCAUGUGAGAUACUCUGGAAUGUCUACUUUCACAAAUGGUAGGCCUUUUUGCGGUUUUUGAAACAGUCAAACUGCUAUGAUGGCCCAAACUGAAACAUAAGCCCUGCAAAUCCGUCUCUCAAAAUUCUACUCUAAAAACUGAAAUGGUCAUGUCUCCUUUAUGGCACUGUAGUGUCACCAAAUAGUGUCAAACACAUACAUUGGGGGUAUUGUUUUUCUCAGAAGACUUAGCUGAGCAUAAUUAGGGGUGUUUGAUCAUAGUGGAACAUAUCAAAUAUACAAAAUGCCCAGCACAAAUGUAAUGCUUAAGGAAAAAAUGCAAAAAAUAUUUUUUUACCAUAAACGUUGACAUAUAAUGGCGAAAAAAUGGCGACAUGUAAAGGCACAAUAUAUGCCAUAUGAGAUACCCUGGAGUGUCUACUUUCACAAAUGGUAGGCCUUUUUGCGGUUUUUGAAACAGUCAAACUGCUAUGAUGGCCCAAACUGAAAUAUAAGCCCUGCAAAUUCGUCUCUGAAAAUUCUACUCUAAAAACUGAAAUGGUCAGGUCUCCUUUAUGGCACUGUAGCGUCACCAAAUAGUGUCAAAGACAUACAUUGGGGGUAUUGUUUUACUCAGAAGAUUAAGCUGAGCAUAAUUAGGGGUGUUUGACCAUAGUGGAACAUAUCAAAUAUACAAAAUGCCCAGCACAAAUGUAAUGCUUAAGGAAAAAUGCGGAAAAUAUUUUUUAACACACAUUUUGACAUAUAAUGGUGAAUAAAUGGUGAACCGUUAAGGCAAAAUAUAUGCCAUAUGAGAUACCAGGGAGUGUCUACUUUCACGAAUGGAAGGCCUUUGUGUGGUCAUUUGAACAACCAAACUACUAUAAUGCCCCAAAAUAAGACAUAGGUCCAUUAAAUCCAUCUUUGAAUUUUCUAACUGUAGAAACUGAAAUAGCCUGGCCUCUUAUAUUUCAUUGUAGCUUCCCAAAAUAGUGGCAAAGACAUACGAUGGGGGUAUUGUUGUACUCAGCAGAUGUUGCUGAACACAAAAUGGGAUUUUGACCAGGAAUAGCACACAGCAGCUUUACAAAAUACACAUUUAAAAAACCUUGUUACAUGUGUGUAUUUCAAAAAACAGAAAAAACACAAUUUUACUACAAUAUGUAGCAGAGAUUGGUGGGAAAAAGGCUAUGUAAAUAGUGUCAAAAUACCCUUAAAUAGCCUGUGAUGUCUUCUUUAUUUAAAUAUAUACUUUUGUGUAGCAAUUUUGUUUUCUGUGACAGCUGUCAAACUUACAAGUCAAACAUACCAACUUCUAAAAAUUUUUCACAUUUAAAUUUUAUAUUACUCCUUGUAUUUUGUGACCUGUAACUUUUAAAAUAAGCUGAAAUCCUUUACAUAUUAUGCACUUUGAAAAACAAGAAACCUAAAUGAAUUUAUUUUGAAUUACUUUUCCUAAGCUGGACAUAUUAUACACACACUAUUAUUGCCAAAACUGUGAAAAAUAUAUAUAUUUUUUCUUUUUUUUUCUUUUUAAUGUUUUUUAAUAAUAAAUUAGAUUUUAUAUAUGUAUAAGUCACAUCAAAGUAAAGCCCAUCUUGUCCUUUAAAAAACGAUAUAUAAUAUGUGUUGAUUCAAUAAAUGAGAGCGAUGCAAAUUGCAGUUGAACACAAACAGCAAAAAAUGCAAAAAUAGCUUGAGUCCUUAAGGGUAUGUCCAGCUUCUGAAGCUGCGUCCUUAAGGGGUUAAGCAAUAGAAAUGUUUAUCUAUUUAAUGUUAAAUCUAUUGUCUGUUUAAUAACUUAUUUUGUAUCUGAUAUGGUAUUUUAAUUUCUCCUUACUUUAGCUAUGAUGAGCUACCAACAAUGCAAUGGUUAAAAGCAUGUAGCUGAAUUUCAUUAGGCUAGGGAAUGAACAUUAUUACUGGUAUAUUUGUGUUGUAACAAAGUAGGCCAUUUUAAUACUAGUAAGUGACUUAUCAAAUACACUAAUUAUUACAUUAUUUUGUUGGUGGCCCUCAAAUGUCAUCGUACUGGGUCAGUAUCCUGCAGAGCCGGAUUAAGGUGUGUAUGAAAGAGUGUGUCCAAGUAAAAAGGUUUUCAAAAAAAAAAAAAAAUUUAACUACUACUGAAAUACAGAAUUAUAUCAGGGAGGAUAGGUUAUGGUUUCUGUUUGUAUAUCUAUAUUUGUGAACGAACAUACGAUUGGCAUGUUAUAAUUGAUAACGUAAAAAUGUUUUUCAUGCUGGUGCUAAAUAUUUAGCCAUGGCAAUUUACUGAGCUACUUUUUGUAUUUUUUUUUUUCCUGCCAGGAUGCGUGAGGUUGACAUGGGAUGUGGUAAAGCCUUACUAAUUAAACAGAAUGGGGAGUACUACGCAAUGGGACACAAGUGUCCCCACUAUGGAGCUCCACUAGUGAAAGGUCUGGACAAAUUGUGAAUAAUUUUAAAGAGAUAAUGUGUGACAAUCACUGUAUUACAUCAUUUCUCAAUUUCAGCUAGUUGUGCCAGCUUGUUUUUUUUUAAAGCAUAUUUUAAGAAAUGUGCUUCUGUUUCCCAGAAUUUCUCCAGUAAGCUGAUACUACUCUUGGUUACAAUGACAUAUAACAGUAUAAAUAAGUGUCAAGUGAUUUCAUAUUGCUUUACGCUUUCAUACAUUGUAAUUGUGGACCUCGGUGUAGCAAUAGGUUGACUUCAUGACAUUGUGCAUCACAAUAAUAUAAUUCUUAUCUUUUAGUCCGUAGUUUCUACAUAAGGUUUAAAGGGUGUCCCUUGUAAAUCAACUGUCGACAUAAGGAUAACAUAUCAUAAUCUCACUUUUUCUGUCACAUAUAAUCGGAGAUAACUGUCAUUGAUUUCAAUGAGCGUGUAGUGUAUAUAUGAAAGUUUUGAUCUUUAUUGAACCUUAUUUAUGAGUUUAAUUUCAGUUUACAUAAUGGGUGCUGUGUAUAAAGGUUUAUUCUGAAGCAAUGAUUUGAAUGUAUAAACACUGACAUGGAGGUAUUAAAUGCUUUUUACUAAUGCUCUUCUUUAUGAAGUUAGGUCUUUCUUUUUGUAAUUUUUUUUAGAUGUUUUUUGUAGUUUUAUUGAGAUGUAAGCAGUUUACAGGAGAAAAGUAGUGCCAGUAAACGUCAGCAUAUCAACGGAAAGUUCAUGUAUUACAUGUUGGAAGUAGGUAGGCUUUACAUAUAUUCGUGCGAACCCUAUGGGAUAUAUAGAAACAAAUCAAAUCAAAAUCUGCAGAUACAAUAAAGCAAAACUUUUGGCAGGAGGCCAACUUGACAUAUGCCUCAGCGUCUGGACUACUAGUGAAGCUGGAAAAAUAAGAAACAGUCCCUGGCACAGGUAGGUUACUUGGUGAUUCCCAAUUAGGAAGCAAGAUUCUGUGGUUCCCUAUAAAGGCCCGUAGAGUAGCGAGCCACCUUGGGAGAAGAAGAGCAUGGGCACAGUACCUUUCAAGCCACACACCCCAGGUUUAGGUUAUUGUACAGUGGUGGUGGUACAGGGGGUUUGCUUCCUCAGAUGCUCUCCUGUAGAAGGUCAGUGAAGUAGACUCCAUCGAGUUGCACUUAAUCAGUGUAGUACCAGGCCUUAUUCCUGGCAUGGUUGCUGAGGCUGCAGUAUAGUAUGCCAGACUAAUGGUGCCUGUAUGUUACUUCUGUAUACUUCCAAGAUUCUGUGUGCUUAUUGUGUAUGUUUUUACUAUACAGGUGUGUUGUCUAAAGGUAGAGUACGGUGCCCAUGGCAUGGUGCGUGCUUUAACAUAGCAACAGGGGACAUCGAAGAUUUCCCAGGCUUAGAUGGUCUGCCAAAAUUUCAGGUAUUCUACGCUAAAUGUAUAAGUACUAUUUUUUAUAAAUAAUUGUAUAGACAGAAUACAUUGUGACUAUUUUUGUCAUUUGAGAUAGAGUGAUAGAGAACAAGUCUCAUACUGUUCUUCUGAUUGCCUCAGAUUUUUAAAAUUGGGAAACUGCGGAUGGUUAGCACAUCCCACGAAGUACUAAGGAUAAAUAUUUCCCACAGUGUACAGGAAUAUAAUUAAACAUCUAAACACAAAAUAAAACAAUUCAAGUUGCCAAUAGUUCAGGGGAACAAGAAAAAUGUUUAAUGAAUCAUGAAGACAUAUAAGAUAGACUUGAAACUUUGUAUAAAACAGCUGAGCUGAAAAACAAGGCAACAAUGUAUAGCAAAGGAAAGUAUCAAAUGAACACUGGUACCAUUCAUCAUAAAUUGCAACAAAAUAAGUUCAAUAAAGAGAAAAGAAAUGUUGUAACAAGUCCCAGCAAACAGAUUCUUUAUGCAGGGAGUCCAUGAGAAUAUCAAACUGACAAGACUACUAGCAUCCAAUUAUCCUACUUAGGUGGAUCCUUGGUUUGUUGGUCUUGUCUUAGAGUAUGGCUAUAGUCUGUAAAAAACAAAACAGAGAACAGUUAUCAAAAGGCUGAAUAAGAACCAGAUAACCUUAUGUUUUAGAAAAACAAACUACCACCAGCAGAGAAAACCUGGAGGAGGGUGGGACGGGCGCUAUUGCUAGGUGGUUAUGCUCAUCAUAGAUUCCUGCAAACUCUGAUUUGUCCUCCGGGAGGCAUAACCACCUAGCAAAGCUAGUGGGUAGAAUAGCACACACCUGGUGGUGGUCCUAAGAAACUGAAGGCGUUCAACUUCUUAUGGCUUCCAGUAAAAUCUAUCAAAGAUUUUACUGGACAACCAUCUCGCAGCUUUCAAGAUAGUAGGGAGAGGAAGGCCCUUUCCAGCUGCUUUAGUAGCCGAGGCUCCCCUAAUUGAAUGGCUUUUGUAUACGGAAACAUCAGUACCAGUUGAAGACAUGGCAGAAAGUAUCCAGCCUUGAAUUAACCUUGGCUGGACGAAAGGGAUUCCUGGAUGUAAUGAAUAAUUGACUGAUAUAAUUUCUAAAUACAGCAGAAAGUUGAAGGUACGAUUGUAACAAACUGACUAAACAUAAGCCUGGUUCAGAAGGAUCUUGGACCAAGAGAAAAAUGUGAUUUUUUUUGUCUGCCUUUUAGUAUAAUAUGGAAACCUCCCGCGGUCUUGGACAACCAAGGAUCUGAAAUAUGGAUUUGAGUUAACUUUGCUCCUCUAGCUGCCAGGGCCAAGGACAGCAGAGAAGCCAACUUAAUAGCAGUCCAUCUUAAAUCAAUUUUGGUAUUAUCCAAAGACUUUAGGAAAUUUAAUAAGACAUCUACAACCCAAGUAGAUGUGUAGCGUGGGGUAUAUGGGCGGCAGACGGAUAACCCUUUUAGUAAUCUCAAAUACAGGGCAUCCUGAGUAAGGUUGGGGAUCAGGAAGUUUAAAGCAGAUCCAUAGGUCUUGAUUGAGCUGACAGAUAAACCAGAAUGGAACUUAAGGGUAAGAAAUUCGAAAGCCAAUGGAACGGUAUCAAAUCCCUGUGUGUUAGACAGAAAAGAAACCUCCCAUUCUUUGAAUUCCUCGAUCAUCUUUCUAUAUCUUACCUUAGUUCUACGUCUUAAAGAUGAGUUAAUAAUAUCCAAGACCUGAUCCGAUAAAAGGGGAUGUGUUAACAGCCUAUCAGGGCUGCGAUCCACAUCAGCUGCGGGAGCUUGAGCAGAAGAUCGCUGGUUCCCUGAAAGCAGUCCACUGUCAUGCCCAAUGGGAUCUUGGUUCCCUUGACUAACUGAUGGAUCAAGGGAUACCAGGGUCUGGAGGUCCAUACUGGAUAAACGAGAACUAAGCUCUGCACCCUGUCCCUGCGGAUCUUCUCCAGCACUUUCAUCAGUAAAGAUGGAGGUGGGAAAGCAUAAGGGGCUGGAACAUCCGUCCAUUGGAAAGACAUUGCAUCCAUUUUCCAAGCUCCCUUUGUCCAGGUCCGGGAGACGAACCUGGGAGUUUGUGCAGAUGUUUGGGAUGCAAACAGAUCUACCGGUCUCUGGCCAAAAUUGCUUUCUAUCCAUAUAUAUUGGAAAAGAGCAAUCUUUAAUUGAAUCGUUGCCAGGGACAAACUUUGGCGAGAGAGAGAGUCUGCAAGCUCGUUUGCCUUUCCCGGAACAUGUUCUGCGAAAACCUGAACAUUGCUUGCUAAGGCCCAAGACCAAAGAUCUAGAGCCUCUAAACAAAGAUCUUGUGCUCGCUGUCCUGUUGUCCGAUUGGACUUUUACCGACGUCGGAGUGACUGCCACAGGCUGCUCUAACAGGGGACGAGGAAGUGGAAUUUCUAACUCCAGAAUGGACUUUAAUUCUUCUCUGACCUUCUUGGGGAGAACAAAUUUUGAUUCCCGCCCUGUCUUAGUCAAUUCCCUAAAAACAGCUGACUUCUUCUGCAAAGUAAGGGGAAUUGUUGUAUGCUGGUGUUAAAGCUAUUAAUUUCUCCGAUAAUCUUUGCUAGGUCUCUCAAGGACCCACUCUGGGGCUUGAGAGAUGAGUUCAGAUGUACCAGUAAUUUGUCCUAUUUGUCUUAAGGGAUUCCUAGAGACAUAGUCCUGCUGUUCAGUAUGAAACCCAGAAAGAGGAUGCUUUGAGUGGGAAUUAGGACUGAUUUCUGUAAAUUUACUACAAAUCCUAGGUUUUGUAAAAGGGAAGCAAGGUAAUCCCUUUGAGAAGCAAGGGCUUCCCCAUCUGGGUGCAUGAGCUUGAUGUCGUCUAGAUAGUACAGACACAUCAAACCUUUUAGUCUGACAUGAGCUAUCACUGAUUUCAUAAUUCUGGAGAAUGUGUAUGGUGUGUUGGAUAGGCCAAACACCAUAACGGUCCACUGCCACACUUUUCCUUUCCACUGCCUCCAACACCUGUGUUUCUUGGCUAUGGGGACUGAAUGGAAGGCAUCUUUUAGGUCUAACUUUAUGCAGAAAAAAGAUUUCUGUAAUAAGCCUGGAAGAUCUGAUAAACCCUCCAUCCUAAACCUUUUCCAUUUAAUGAAAGCGUUCAGAGACCUCACGUUUAGGACCGGUCUCCAGGAACCGUCUGAUUUUGGGAUUGGGAACAAUGGGCUGACCCAUCCUGUAAUAGACAUGUCUGCCAAUUCUAUCUUCCCUUGACUUUAAGCUAAGGAAAGGGAGGCAUCUAGCACUGGGUUCACUUCUCUGUGGGGUGCAAAUUUCUGGACUGGGAACCUUAAAAGGGGGAGUUGUAAACCCCUUUAAAAAAAUCUUUAGAACCCAUUUGUCUGAGGAAAUAUCCUUCCAGUUUAGUGGCAUAUGAAGAGGCACACUUACUUGAUUGCAUGGGUUUUCUUUUGGAAGCUGAACCGCCUCUGUAAUGCGCUCCUCUGCCACCGCCUGAGAGCUUGCGAUUUGAGGGCUAUGUCGGACAGACCUGCUGCAUGGAGUCAGCGGGAUCUGCGGAUGUUUGAUAUGUAAUUAAAGGAUUGGCCAAUAAUUAGCACUGCCCUGCCAGACGCUUUUAAAAGAGCCAUCUUAGAUGCCAACAGAGAUGAAGCGGAAGGUUUCUGAGCAUUGCCUUCUUUUUCUGCCUUAUCCAGCAUCAGUAAUAUUGGGCCCACAGCAUCAGCAAUUUUGAACUGUAUAUUGCGAAAAGUCUGGUCUGUGGGAUCAGAGGAUACGCUGCUCCCUGUGAUAGAUAACAGAGCAGGAUCUACCUCUGGGCUAAUUAAAGCCUGAAUGUCCGGGAUACCAAUGUGGUUCCUGAGGAGAAGGUCAUCCUCCUUAACCAAGGGGGAUCUGAAGGCUAGUUUAGCGAAAUCUCUAACCUCAGAAUCGUGCUCCAUAGCCCAUCUGGAGUGAAAUAAUUUUGAUGGGAGAGUCUUUCCUAGGAGACUUACUCUGGCCAUCUAAACAUUGCUUAGCUUCCCUCGCUCAGUGGAAGCUGCUGAAUGUACCACUUCCUCGGAUUCCCAGUCUAUUUCUGGAGAGUUGUAUCUGGAACUGGAACGGCUUUGGGAGGAAGAGUGAGCGAACUAGCUUUGUUAGGUGGUUAUGCCUCCCGGAGGACAAAUACAAAUUCUGAUACCUGUUACCAGAGUUAUAUGGUAAAUACAUUAAUUAGCUGUUGUUAAUUAAUAUGUGAGCUACAUUCUACUAUUCUAUAAUUAUUAUUUUUGUUAUAAGAACACUAGUGCGUGUUCCAUCCCGAUUUAUGUCAAUAUUAGUUUCUAUAAUAUUUAUAUUGUAGGUGAAGAUCGAGAAGGAGCGAGUUUAUAUAAGAGCAAGUAAACAGGUGAGUGGUGAUAUUAGAUUUUGUUUUGUCAUGUUCUUAUUUAUGUAUCUCUCAGUAUUUUCAAGUCACAUGUGACUUCAAACUAUUACCUAUUUAAUAUAUUUUUUAUAAUAUCUUUCAAUAGUAUUUCAUGUGAAAUGUUACAUUAUGAUUUGGUUUUCAGGCUCUUCAAUCACAGAGAAGGACCAAAGUUAUGGCAAAAUGUCUAGCUCUCAGUAACUAUAGCACUGCGAUUACCAACAUUCUGAUCAUUGGAGCAGGUAAACCAAUUCAAUACUAUUAACUAUUUCACCUAGAUCAGUAGAGUUCAUUAGGCCAACAUCAAUAAGUUGAUAGUACCUGAUACUACUGAUGUCUUCUAGUGGAUUUCAUUCACUGGUUCACUUUUUUUUUUGGGAACAUUAUGAUGACUUAUAGCACACUGACCGAUAGAAAACUGGUAUUUUGAUAUAACUACCUAUUUACCCACAUAUAUCAUUGAGGAUCAGAAUUUAGAGUUAUUUUGAAUGUUUUAUCUCCGCCCAGGACCUGCUGGUUUAGUAUGUGCCGAAACUCUAAGGCAGGAGGGAUUCUCUGACAGGAUUGUAAUGUGCACCUCAGAAAAGUAUUUGCCCUAUGAUCGAUCCAAAUUAAGUAAAGUAAGUACUUGUUUAAUGACAUUUAUAUGUGUAUUUUGAGUUUGUUAUUACUAACUGACUGAUUUUUCAUAUAACAUUAAUAGGUGAACAAAAAUAAUAUUUAUUUUACAAACUUGAAUUAUCAUAUUGAAAUAUUAACUGUUGAUUCACAGUUGUGUCUAUAAAACCUUUCACAAAACUGUGAAUGGAGCUGUGAGUUCACUGAUAAAUGCCACAGUACCGUAAAGAAUUGCAGCAAACCCGGAAGCAUCGAAGAUCAGCAUCAUUUUAUUUAUUAUUUAUAUUUAAAAUUCAUAUAUUUAAUUCAUGCAUACAUGCAUGUCAACUCCAUCUUUCAGUGAAGUUCUGUGUUUUACUUGAAGUGUGACUGUUGUAAAGUUAACAACUUACUAUGUUACACUGAACCCUGUCACCGUGUCUCAUUUUGGGUGAAGAUCCAAAGGUCAAGAACCAGCCUCCUUGAUGGAAAGAGUGUGUCCAUUCAUAUUGAAAUUUGUAAACUAUAAAUACUAGUACAUUUCCUACCCCAAAGCCAAACAUUCGUAGACUACAGAUCCACUUAAAAAAUAACCUUCUUGAUCACCUUGUGCAGGGGAGGGAGGAGAGGGUGUUAAGUACUGCAUUGUAACUGUGCUAGGGUUAGCUAAUGUUGGCAAAGUUAAAAGUAUAACAUUUACAGCUGUCUCUUUAGAACUAAGUUCUAGUUAAAGUUAUGUGUAAUUUUUAGGGUCAGCUGAAAGCCCUUACAGUAAAACUGACCCAGACACCUGCUUGAUGAAAUAAAGCUGCUUGUGUCCUAAUCCUAUAUUAAUUUAUAUAUUUUAGUCUAUGGAUUCUCAGGCUGAUCAGAUUUUGCUUCGCUCUAAGGAGUUCUUUCACACGUAUGACAUUGAAGUUCUGACAGAAACACAGGUAAGGAAUUUGAGUAAUUAAUGUAUAAAGUUUAUAUAAUUUAUUUUGUGACUAAAGGGUCUGAUGAAAACAUAAAUACAUGUUUAUAUAAAACAAAGAAUACAAUGUGACCAUCCUCCAUAAUUCCACUCCUAUUCACAAAAUAUCAGAGCAGGACACAAACAAACUAUUAAUAUCUUUCCAACAAGCUAUUGGUUACUGGCUAGUGCCCUGGACUUUAUUUGUAUUCCUUUAUUAUUCACAUGUUUUGACCAAUAGACAUCCUAAACCCUUUUUUCAAAUAUGUACUAAUAAAUCCCAAAUGUUUUUGUAAAAGGACAUGAUUAAGAGUUAUUCCUUUAAGAACCUAUAUAGUUUGUACCCGCUCUAUGUAAGUUAUUUAUUAACUAGUGGUAAAUAUUGCAUUUUCUGAGAAAUUGCAAUAAUUACUAUUCAGGGUUAACUCCACCUCUAGUGGCUGUCUAGCAGACAGCCACUAGAGGGACUUCCUGAAUUGAAACAGACUAUAGUCCGGUAUCUGACGCUGGACAUCCUCACGCUCUUUAUGAGGACCUCCAGCGUCAGAUUUUUCCCAUAGACAAGAAUUGAAUAAUGAUUUCCUAUGGAUAAAUCCUAAUGCGAGCAUGGCCAUUGUCACACAUGCGCAUUAGGUCUCCAUUGCCGGCUGAUAUUGGGGGGGGAGAAGCGUGGACAGAGCCUGACCCAGCGCAGAGGGACAUUGAGGGAGGGGCAUUGUAGGAUUCUAUAGUGCUAGGAAAAUGGCUUUGUUUUCCUGGAACUAGAGUCCCUUUAAUGAAGCAGUUUUGGUGUAUAGAUCAUGCCCCUCCAGUCUUACUGCUCAAUUCUCUGCCAUUUAGGAAUUAAAACACUUUGUUUAUGUAGCCAGGGCUACAUGGACAGAAACAAAAGUGGUUUUAACUCCUGAAUUGCAGUGAGUUUGAGUGGUGAGAAUGCAGGUGCAUGAUCUAUGCACAAAAAGUGCUUCAUUAAGCUAAAGUUGUUUUGGUGACUAUUGUGUCCCUUUAACAUUUGUGCCUAGAAUUUAAAUUUGGCAGCAGGACACAUACAGAUUCUUACUCCCAAUAUAAGUAGAGUUUGAUCAGUAAGCACUGAUUUGUGGUGAACUGAAAAGUAAAUGCUAAAUUUAUCCUAAACCAGCCAUAUAAAUCAGAUGGAGAAUUAUUCCAAAAGAGCACUAUUUUGCUUAAAUUAUGCAAAUCACUUUCAGUUUUACUAAAAUUCAGUGUUUUUAAUUUAGUGAACAAUGACCUCUAAUAAUGUUCACUGCCACCAGAAUAAAUACAUUGCUGGCAUAUGUCCAUGGUUCAUGUUUACAAAUAUUUUUGAAGAGUUCUUUGAAUUCACAUUCUGCAGAAAUGAUUUCAGGUCAUCAGUGUGGACACGAAGAAUAAGAUGGUGGUUUUCAAGGAUGGAUUCCGAAUGGAAUACAAUAAACUGCUGAUUGCAACUGGAAGCACGUACGUUCAAACCUGUUAACAGUUUGGAAAUGUUAAAUACCUUUUAUAUAAUUUUAAAACAUUACAUUGAUAAUACAUUAAAAUGUAAAAAAAUGCAUGAAAAUAAAAACAUACAUAUCUUUUAAUGUAUCAUUGUUUAGAACUGUUUGCUUGGACUACAGCUACAGGCAGUUUUACUUCUAAUCAAUAAGGGACUCUUAUUUUUUAAACCUUUCAGCAGAGGUUUAUGGGAAAAGCAUUUUUCUUCACCAAGUGCAUUUUCUCUCAUUACACACAAUAAGUGGAAUGGCCCUGUAAACUGAUAGUACCAAUACGGCAGCAGCUAGCUCCUUACAUAGAGCCCAGUUCACUGAGAUAUGUGCACCAAUCGGAAUAGACAAGUUGAACAAAAGUGGCAUUGAUUAGCUAGAGAUGGGCAUUCCAGUUACUUGAUUGACAGCUGUGAGAGGCUGUCUUGGAACUGCAGUAGUCCUAACCCUCUCUAUGAACCAUCAGCUUUGCAGCUAUGCACAGUUGUAGUGGUUUUUAGAGUCACCCUUUAAUGUAUGAUACAAAGGGCAAAGCCAUACAGAGGAAAUCUUUCAGGUAAUUAUCUAGCCCUCUUACCCUCAAGUAACAUAACUUUUACAGUCUCUUGUCCCUGGUAGUUUGUGACAGAGUUAUAUAUCUUUCCUGACUCCUGCAUAUUGUUCUGCAUUGAAAUAUAUGAAUUGUGAUAUUCCAUUAUUCACAUAUACCGUGUGGUUCGAAGGAGAGCAGGUGUGAAGCUGUAUUUUGAAACUACAACACUAGACCACCAUAUGUAGGAAUCUAAGUACGUGAAGGCCACCUGCAGCUUUUGCAACAUCAUAGAUGUUCCUCAUUUUACAGGUUUACAUUCCCUGCACAGUCACAGUUAUUCAUGAAAGUGUGAAUCUGUCAAAUUCUCCGUGACAGAUAUAUUUUUAGUUUGGCUCUUCCGACCUAAAAUGGGAUAUUUAUUUUGAAUUCUCUUUGAGUUUAUGACAAUUCUCACUUAAUGGGACACUGUAGACACUGUAACUGCCUCAUCACAUUGAAGUAGUUAUAGUGCCUGGAGUUCCCUGGCUCCAUCCUUCCAUUAAAUGUUAAACCAUUUUUUUUUUGACAAUCUUUAUUUUUGUAUUUCCAAAAGAGAACAUCAAGGCAGGCAUAUCAGAUAAACAGAAAACCAUAUAAAAAGUAUCAUGUAUCGGCUGACCAAGAUUCACAAGUAAUCAGGUUGGGAGGAACCUCACUGGCCAUGCAGUGGCUUAGGUUAAUUAGGGUACAUGUGAAUAACAUCAACAUAGGAAUAGUAUUCCGUGGCACCCAGUCCGGGUCCCACAGGAAGUCUACUUGACAUGUUUCCAACAUACGGAGCUACUUGGGGUGGGAAAGUGACUCUCCCCCUGCAGUCCCCUGGGUUAUUAUUGAUGGGGCAUCCCUCCAGGUCCCAGGCAGGGUGGUCAGAUAUGUGAGUCCAUACAGUAUGGCAUUUGAUAAUUAAGAUGUACUUGGUAGGGGGUUAAACCAUUUUCAAUGGUUUAAAUUUAAAUGAGAGUCCUUAGCAGCCCAUUCCCUCUGUGCUGCACAGGCUAAUGUAGAAGCAUUAAUCUGAGCAGAAAUGGAUACCCGGCAGAACGAGACUAAGCAAAGCAGAAACGUCAGUUUGGCUGAUAGCUGUUGGAGGGAGAGUCUGCCGUUAUCUGGCCAGUCCCUCAAAAACUGUAGGACAACUUCAACGUCCCAUAAGCGGGAGUAUUUGGGUCUCAGAGGUCUCUGUAAUCGGAUGCCCCUCAGGAGUCGGCAUCUCAGUGGGUCUUUCCCAACGGGUAUCCCCAGGACUGGUAUGUGGGCCGCCGAAAUCGCGGAGCGCACAACAUUGAGGGACCGGUAGGACUGACCUGCGGAAAAAAGAUAGGAAAGAAAAUUCAGGAUGGCCGUUAUAGGUGCAGUAAAGGGUUCACAGGUUCCGUUCACUGCACCAAGAGGACCAGGAAUUCCAAGCUGAUAGGUAACAUUGUCUGGUUCCUGGUGCCCACGAAUCCCAUAUGAGAUCUCUAGCCAUUUGCGAUAAUUCGUCGGUCUGCCAGGCACCCCUGAAAGAGUCCAAGCCACCAAGGCGAGACGGUCUUCCAGGAUGAGAGGGUGAGGGUUCCCUUUCGGAUCCGUGAGGAGCUUUGGAUAAGAUGUUAUGAGGAGGGGAUCCAUGUAGGAUGACGCUAGGAGAUCUGGGAACGAGGGUUGGCCCCACCAUAGGGGGGCGAUGAGGAGAAGAGACCCGCAUUGAGUCUUCAAGUACUAAAUCAUCCUCGCUAUCAUGGUGAAUGGGGGAAAAGCAUACGCUCCCGUGGAUGGCCAUGGUUGGAGAAACGCAUCUGCCGCCCUGCUCUCUGGGUCUGGGAGCCAGCUGAAGUAUUUGGUUGUCUAUUUGUUGUUGCGUGACACGAACAGGUCCAGGUGGAGGGGACCUCUCCUGACCGAGAAGCGAUGGAAGAUCUGUGGGUCCAGUCUCCAGUCGAUGCUGUCCCACCAGUGACGCAAGAACCAGUCUGCGGUCAGGUUCGUCUCUCCCGGGAGAUAUUCCGCCAUGAGAGCGAUUUUUCGGGGUAGGCAAAAGUCGAAGAUCUCCUUCUUAAUCUCUGAGAGGAGUCGGGACUGUGCUCCUCCCAAGCGGUUGAUGUAGUGGACAGCUGAGAUGUUGUCCAUCCGGAGGAGAAUGCAGCAGUCCGUCCUGUCCCUCGCUAGGCUGCGGAUCGCGAAGAUCCCGCCAGGAGUUCUAGACAGUUUAUGUGAAGGUCGAUUUCUUGAGAAGUCCAGAUGCCUCCUGUCGAUCUGCCUUUGUCCGUGGCGCCCCAGCCCCAGAGGCUGGCGUCCGAUUCCAGGACUAUGUCGGGUGUGUUCCCGAAGAUGGCCUGGCCGUUCCAAGCCUCCAUGCUGUUCAACCACCAUCCGAGUUCUUCCUUGACCGCCUCCAUUACCGGAAUGGUUUGGUCGUAGGAAGGGUUGUGGUGAAGAAAGGAGGCCUUCAGCCAUUGCAUCGCUCUGUAGUGGAGCGGACCCGGGAAGAUUGCCUGGAUAGACGCGGACAGCAGGUCCACUAUCUGAGCCAGGUUGCAGAGUGGAAUGGUACGGCAGCGAAUGACUCUGCGUAGUUCCUUUCUGAUGACUGCGAUCUUUGAUGUCGGUAGCCGUAGUGUGCUGGACUUGGAGUCUAUCUCGAAGCCCAAGAAUUGUACCGUCACCACAAAGCCUAGGGAUGUCAGGAAUUGUGUGGUAUAGCGUGUGUUGAGUCAGUCUGGACCUGUCGGAGCAAAACAGUAGCAGGUCGUCCAGGUAGAUAAUGCACCGAAUUGCGUGUGCUCAUAGAUGUGCAACUACUGGCUUCAGCAGCUUGGUGAAGCACCACAGGGCUGAGCUGAGGCCAAAGGGGAGGCAUGUGAACUGCCAGGGUCGGCCUUGCCAUCGGAACCUGAGGAAUUGCGGCAGGAGAGAUGGACGGGUACUGACAAAUAAGCGUCCUUGAGGUCCAGUCUUGUGAACCAGUCCCCGUCUUGGAGGAGGUCUCUCAGAAGGUGAAUGCCUUCCAUCUUGAAAUGUCUGUACAUUACAUAGGCGUUGAGCCUCCUCAGAUUUAUGACGGGCCGGAAAUCUCCGGAUUUCUUUUUCACCAGAAAUAUGUUGCCGAAGAAACCCCUUUGGUCGUGAGCGGGUUCGAUCGCUCCUUUCAAUUUGGGCUCUCGUAGCUCGCCGUCGAUGAGUUGGUGGUCCUCUGUGGAGCACUGUAUGGGGCGCGGAGGGACGGUCUGGAUUGGGGGGUCUACGAAAUCGAUGAUGUAGCCCCGAACCGUCUGGAGGAUCCAUGCGUCCGCGGAGAUGGCUGUCCAGUUCUGAAAAGACAGAGCGAUAUGACCUGCAGUAUAUGGGGUAAGUGGUACUUGAUACACAAGAUUGCUUACCUGUGGGGAAGUGUGCUUUGCCACUGCCACGUGGUCCUCUGUCUCGGUCGGCUCCUCUGGUGUAGGAGAAGGGUUGCCUGAAGCCCACUUCUGGGUAGAAGGGUUGAGGUCUAUGUGAGCGGGGGCCAGAGGGCCAAAACCGGCUGGCUGCUCAGCCCCUUUGGCGGCCAGCCUGUCCAAAAAACACCCCGACUGGGGUAGCCCCUGAAGACGCGUUUCAUAGAAGUCUGAGCCUUAUUAAAGGACGUGAAUAUAUUAACAUGUUUGUUCAGUUCUUUCAGGAAGGCUUCCCCGAACAAUUUGCCCUGUGCCAGCGAUCCCAACUCCUUGGUGCCCAAUUCCACCAGCUUCCACAGAAGCACCUUUGUGCCCAUUCUCUUAUGUCAUGCGCCCACUCCUUUACCAUGCAGGCAUCAAACUGGUCAGCCCUUGUAAAUGUGUCGUUCGCCAAAUACAUGAUGUGGGAAAGUGGGCCAAUGGAGUCCAGCAGUUUGUCCUGAACUCUGUGGAAUCCCUUCUCCACACCUCUCCGGGGGUCACGGCCACCACGAGGCAUGAAGGUGGUCAUGACCUGGUCGAGCUCCGGAGUUUGAGCCACGUGGUCGGGAAGCUAAGGGCGAGGGCAUUCAGAGAGUAGGCGGUUGCGCACCAUUUUGUCCAGCGGUUUGCGGAGCCACAGGUGCAUACAUUUAGAGAGGUGUUCGGGGGGAGUCCAGUCCCCAGAGCACGGGUGCCGGAUAUUACGAGGGUCGAAGAGACAUUGCCCCAUGGGGUCCAGGAUGGUUUCCCCUUCUUCUUGGGCAGGUGCGAGGUCAUCCGGCAGUUGGAUGUUGUCCAAGAAAGUGCCUCGUAAGAAUCCAGUACGGGAGCCAGUGUCCGACCCCAGUCAUCUACCUGCAAAUCGGAAUCCGCGGCCUGCCAUUCAUCCAACACGGCCAUGGAAUGUGUGUGUUCUUCCCCCUCAUUCGAGGAGUAGUGGGCGGGGGUAGGUGCGGCUGGCUUGUGGCGUUUGGUUGGUGCCUUGCCUUUGCCCGGAUUAUCGUUCCCCUUUUCUCCCUUCCAGUGGCAUUUGCUAGGUCGUGAGUCAGCCUGUGCAUGUGAUUCUGAAGCCUCAGAAUCUGUCACGUAUUCAUCCGCUUAUAGAAAUGUGGUUAAUGACAUUUACUGUCCACACAGGAAAAGUUGUGCCGAGCAGCAACCUAAUCCACAGAAGGGUUAAUGCUGAGCAGUAAUUCUGCAAAUGAAACCUGGUGUCAUGUAUUCAUCCGCUUAUAGAAAAGUGAUUAAUGACAUUUACUGUCCAUACAGGAAAAGUUGUGCCGAGCAGCAACCUAAUCCACAGAAGGGUUAAUGCUGAGCAGCUAUUAUGCAAAUGAAACCUG